CAGAUAUGACAAACGAUGGUUCUUUUCCAGCGACUUUUGCAGGACAAAUCCCUGCAGCCUCCACAACAGCCCGACGCUCACGGCCGCACGAAGCAGUUCCGGGCGAAGCGCCGCGACGGACCGAGCCCGGCAGCGCAACCCGGCGCCUCCGCGUCUGCCCCGCCCGGCGCUUCCGGGUCUCGGUGUAGGCGGCGCCCGUCGGUGCUCGGCGGGGCGCGGGGCGAUGGCGGCGCUGGGCGGGCGGAGCGCGGCGCGACGGGCGGACACGGGGCGGCGGCUGGAGCGGUUCGCUGCGCUCCGAGGUGGGGCGGCAGAGCCGUGCGGCCCGGAGAGUUCUGGGACCUGGUCGCCAUCACCGCCGCCGACGCGGAGCAGGAGCGGGCGUUCCGGCUGCAGCUGGCCGCCAAGCUGCGGGGCGGGGAGCUGCCGCUGGGUGUGCGGUACCACGUCUUCGUGGAUCCCCCGGGACCCAAAGUCGGAAAUGGUGGAUCAACACUUCAUGUUCUUCAGUGCCUGCAAAAUCUCUACGGUGAUAAAUGGACUUCUUUUAUCGUGCUACUCAUUCAUUCUGGUGGUUACAGUCAGCGUUUACCAAAUGCAAGUGCACUGGGCAAGAUUUUCACAGCCUUGCCUUUCGGCGAUCCUGUUUACCAGAUGCUGGAGCUGAAGCUUGCCAUGUACAUUGAUUUCCCCAGUCACAUGAAACCAGGAAUUCUCAUUACUUGUUCAGAUGACAUAGAGCUUUACAGCACUACAGAAACAAUCAUGUUUGAUAAGCCUGGUUUUACUGCGUUAGCUCACCCCUCAGAUUUGACAGUCGGGACCACACAUGGAGUGUUUGUUUUAGAUCCAUCCAGUUUCUCAGGAAAAGGAGGACUUGAAUACACGUCUUGCCGUCGUUUCUUGCACAAACCAGAUGUCGAGACCAUGCGCCGGUGUGGUGCAGUCUGUGUAAGAAGGAGUUCUUCCCAGCUGGAUUCCUUUGCAGACUACAGUGACUUGGAAGAGGACUCAGAGUGUGUGUAUACAGACAGUAUAUUUUACAUUGACUGUAGCACUGCAAAACAGUUACUGACAUUCUAUAAGCAAAUUGAUACCCUAUGCUGUGAAAUAGAUGCAUAUGGUGACUUCCUGCAGGCCCUGGGAUGUGGAGCCACUCAAGAUUACAGAAAAAAUACAAGUGAUGUCACAAAAGAGGAAUCACAGUUAGCAGAAGUACGGCAGAAGCUCUGCUCUCUUCUGAAAGGAACUUCACUUAAUGUCAUAGUCUUAAACAACUCUAAGUUCUAUCACAUUGGAACUACUCAAGAGUAUUUGUUUCAUUUUACAUCUGAUAGCAAACUGAAAUUUGAGCUUAACUUACUGCCUGAGACUUUUAGCGUCUCUUCUGACAAAGAUGAGACCAUGGGUGGAUCAGCAAGUGUCAUUCAAAGCAUACUUGAGCCCGGGUGCUUUGUAGGACCUGGAUCCGUUAUUGAAUACUCUAGAAUUGGACCUGGAGUCUUGGUAGGUGAGAACUGCAUUAUUAGUGGAUCCUGCAUAAAUUUGGAUGCAGACAUACCUUCAAACUGUUUUCUGAGUUCAUUAAGUGUAAAAAUUGAUGAUCAGGUAAAGUAUGUAAGUAUGGUGUUUAGUGUAGAAGAUGACCUGAAAAAGAAUGUAGAAUUGCUGUCAGAUACAAAUUCACUGCGGUUUUUUGGAGUCAGCCUACGAGAAUGCUUGGACCUCUGGGGUGUGCAGCUUUCAAACCAGCUCUUCUCUGGUGAUAGCUCACGGUUUGGGUUGUGGACUGCAAGGAUUUUUCCUGUUUGUUCCAGCUUAAGUGAGUCGGUUAGAAUGUCACUGAGCAUGUUAAAUUCUGUGCAGCGUGUGUCAGCUUUUACACUGAAUGGCUUUAAGCUCCUGUCUGUUGAGGAAAUGCUUGCCUACAAAGAUGUAGAAGACAUGCUGAAAUUUAGAAAUCAAAUUCAUGAUGAAAUCUGUCUACAAAGACAAAAAGAGAAAUGUGAUUUGUAGGACUGGUGCUUGAACAAAUGUCCUGUCUUUAAUUUGUCUGCAAUUUGUGGGUGAUUUAUCACUUGCCAGUUUGUAGUAAUUGUAAGCAAAAUGUACAACGGAUCUUUUCAGUUCCUUCUAAGCAAAAGCAUAAAGAAGUAGUACACUCCUGGUCAUAGUUUUAGACUGCCAUGUUUGGCACAUGGGUCAGCAGGCCAGUGCUCCAUCGAGAUCACAAGAAAGUAAAAGAUAUUAGUGUAUUUCUCCUCGGAAUUCCUUCUGUGGAGUUCUGCUGUCCUGCUUGAGUGUGCUGGACCAGCUGCAGGCUGGACAGGUAGGAGGUGGCUGCUUUCACUCACAGUCCUGCACCAGGAUCUGGUACAGAUCUGAGAUGUGCUCGCAGUUAUUUUCAUAGUGGAGCAGGUAUAGAUUUGAUUCACUAAAUAAGGAACAUUAAACUGCUUUCAGUUUUUAUGCUACUCUGUGUUUCCCUUUUACAAUAAAUAUUGUCUAGAAUUCUAGAGGUCAGAUUUUGGUUGGUGUUGGCCAUCAGCAAUGACAGCAGUCUGAAUGAAUUUAUUCCACAGAUAUCAAAAUAUCUGGGUUCAUGUUGUUUUUCAUUUUUUAAAUAAAAUCAAGUUUCUUGCA